AUGAAACAGCAAUUUGCACAUCGAGGCAGUGAAGAAAGUCGUGCUUCUGAGCGAUUUGCUGCCAGUAGAGCACUGGCAUCGCGAUCUGCUGAAGACAGGCAAAGUGUAAACGACAACUGGGGAUUACCACCGGCGGUGCCAGGAUCGCUGGCAACAGUACUCGAAAAUUUACCAUUGGUUUAUGAUACGAAUACGAAAAAUCUCCAGCAAGCAACCGCAAAUGUGAGAGGUAAAGAAAAGGACGAAAAAGCGCCAUUCAAACGUGGCCAUCAUCGACGCUCUUCCUAUGAUUCCUCGCAGAUUCAGCUGCUUUAUCGUCCACGUUUUGCAUCUGCAGCUCACAAAACAGUCUUUCCGGUAGUUCGCAGCAGCCUUGCAGCAUCAGAUUGUGCUUCAAGGUGA